GGAGAGGAGAGGAGAGGAGAGGAGAGGAGAGAGGACGGCUUCAAUGCAGGCAGGUCCGUGUGUGCGUGCAGGGAUGUGGGGAACGGUUGCAGGCAGGGGAAGGCGUGACCUGCAUGGAAAAUGCCAGACAACCCCAGACACACACACAUAGACGCGCACACGCUCACAAUCCUCCGGACAACGAUAAGGCGGACAGCGGAGCGAGGGGAAGGAGCCGUCCCCGCCGCCCAGCCCGCAGCGGGGGCUCUCCCAGCGGCAGGAUGAGGUACCCCCUGGCAUGGUCUGUGUGUGCCUGGCUGCUCGGAGUGGUGGGUGCUGUUGAGCUGACUGACAUGUUUGGGGAGAUCCGCUCUCCAAACUUCCCCGAUUCCUAUCCCAGUGACUCGGAAGUGACAUGGAACAUCUCUGUGCCUGAGGGAUUUAAAAUCAAGCUGUACUUCAUGCAUUUUGACUUGGAGUCAUCCUACCUCUGUGAAUAUGAUUACGUGAAGAUAGAAGCAGAGGACCAGGAACUUGCAACCUUCUGUGGCAGGGAGACGACAGACACCGAGCAGGCUCCUGGGCAGCAAGUCAUCCUAUCCCCAGGGUCCUAUAUGGGGCUCACCUUCAGGUCUGACUUCUCCAACGAGGAGCGCUUCACUGGAUUCGACGCACAUUACACAGCCGUGGAUGUGGAUGAGUGCGUGGAGAAAAGUGAUGAGGAGCUGGCGUGUGACCACUACUGCCACAAUUACAUCGGUGGGUACUACUGCUCCUGCCGCUUCGGCUACAUCCUGCACUCCGACAACAGGACCUGCAAAGUGGAGUGCAGUGACAACCUGUACACCCAGAGGAGUGGAGUGGUCACCAGUGCUGACUUCCCCAGUCCCUACCCCAAGAGCUCAGACUGCCUGUACCGCAUUGAGCUGGAGGAUGGCUUCUUCAUCACCCUCAACUUUGAGGAUAGCUUUGAUGUGGAAGACCACCCGGAGGUGACCUGUCCCUAUGACUACAUCAAGAUCAAAGCUGGCCAGAGGGAGUUUGGCCCUUUCUGUGGAGAGAAGUCCCCAGGACGCAUUGAAACCCAAACCAACAGCGUGCAGAUCCUCUUCCACAGUGACAACUCAGGGGAGAACAGGGGCUGGAAGUUGUCGUAUACAGCAAUUGGAAACCCCUGUCCACUGGUGCAACCCCCAAUCAAUGGGAAAAUUGAGCCUUCCCAAGCCAAGUACACCUUCAAAGACCAGGUUGUCAUCAGCUGCAACACUGGCUACAAAGUGCUGAAGGAUAACCUGGAAAGCGACUCCUUCCAGAUCGAGUGUCUGAAGGAUGGGACAUGGAGCAACAAGAUCCCCAUCUGCAAAAUUGCUGACUGCCAGGCGCCGCCAGAGCUGGAGCACGGCUUUGUCACAUUCCUCUCCAGGAACAACCUCACCACGUACCGCGCAGCCAUCCAGUACCACUGCCAGCACCCCUACUACCGCAUGGCGCCCAACAGCACCGCCACAUACACAUGUGAUGCAUCAGGGGUUUGGAGGAGCGAGGAGCUGGGCACCGCGCUGCCGUCCUGCCGACCAGUGUGUGGCCGGCCAACUCGUGCUCUGCCCGGGAUCAUCAAGCGCAUCAUUGGUGGGCGAAAUGCAGAGCCUGGCUUCUUUCCCUGGCAGGCCCUGAUCGUGGUGGAGGACAUGUCCCGAGUGCCCAACGACAAGUGGUUUGGCAGCGGGGCUCUGCUCUCAGACUCCUGGGUGCUGACAGCCGCUCACGUGCUCCGCUCCCAGAGGCGGGAUAAGACUGUCAUACCCGUUUCCAAGGAGCACGUCACUGUCUACCUGGCCCUCCAUGAUGUGAGGAACAAGUUGGAGGCUGUCAACCGGACGGUGGAGAGGAUCAUCCUCCAUGAGGAUUUCGACAUCCAGAACUACAAUCAUGACAUCGCUCUGGUCAAGCUGAAGGAAAAGGUGACCAUGGGGAACUACGUCAUGCCCAUCUGCCUGCCUCAGUUUGAGCAUGAGCUGGAAGGACCUCACCCCAACACAUUGGGGCUGGUGGCCGGCUGGGGAAUCUCUAACCCCAACAUCACUGUGGAUGAGAUCAUCAGCUCAGGCAUGAGGACACUGUCUGACAUCCUGCAAUACGUCAAGCUCCCGGUGGUGCUGCAUGCAGAGUGUAAGACCAGCUACGAGUCCCGCUCGGGGAACUACAGCGUGACCGAGAACAUGUUCUGUGCUGGAUACUAUGAAGGUGGGAAGGACACUUGUUUGGGAGACAGCGGAGGAGCCUUUGUCAUUCAGGACCCAGGAACCCGGAGGUGGGUGGCCCAAGGGCUGGUCUCAUGGGGUGGUCCAGAGGAGUGCGGCAGCAAACAAGUGUAUGGUGUGUACACCAAAGUCUCCAACUACGUGGACUGGGUGGAGAAGCACACAGGCUCCUCAGAGAGGUGGACAUUUCUGGACCCUGAGCUGGAGAGAUGAGUGACUAAGCACUGCCUGCUGACACAGCUUCCUUGUUUUCUUGUCCUUUAAUAUGCUCCAGACUCUGGUCUUUCGCAAGCAGUAGCCAUGAUGCUCAGCCACACUUCAGGACUUUGCCAGCCAACCACAUUCAUUCCUUUCACUUGGUCCCACAUCCCUUUGCUUUCACUCUUAGGAAAUGCUUGCUAGGGAGCUGGGGGAAGGGAAUAAAGGGUGAGGUCUCAUCCAGUGUUGCUAGCUCAUGUUGCCAGGCUCCGAACAUCACCCACCUUCUCCAGGAGCCUCCCUCCAAGCCAUGUGUCAUGGGCCUUUCCUUGGUGUUUAACCUCUUCCAUGUGGACCUGGGUAGUCUUGUGUGGCAAAGCGUUCAUUCUUGCAAAAUCCAAGUCCCUUUUAAUUGUUUUAACGAUCACUCUUUCAGCUGAUCUACAGGUUACUGAAGGUUUCCAUGGUUUUUUCCUGGCUCUCCUGGCCUUCUGCAGGUGUCCAGGUCAUCCCAGACCCACCCCAAUCCAUCCAUAAAGUUUCACAUCUCCCCUACUGUGACACACACGCACAAUAAUCCCCACCAAGGAACAAAUUCAGGUGAGCUUAGCUUCCUUCAGCAGAGACACCACUUCCUUCACUUGUCAGCAAAGCCCUCCUACAGCUGGAAGCAACAAGCAGCAAUUGCCCGCUGUCCCUUCUGCGUGCCUUCAGCCUCCUUUGGACUUCUUCUCCUCCUCCUCCUUUGGUUUUUGCCAUGCAAGGAAUGAGUCAACAUUGAACCAGCCACCCUGCCAUUUUGUUAUCACCCAGAAAGCCAUUUUUAGAGCAUAUAGAGGAGCAGAAGGCCUAAGGAAAGUCUAACUUACAGACACGUUAAGAACUGUACUCUUGGCUAUGUCAUAUAACUGUAAGGUAUUUUUAUAUAUGUAUUUCUUUUUGAUACUACAUUCUGCAGAAUAUCUCAUGACAUGUAAGGAUGGUUCUGUGUAAUCUUCAUCCUGAGAAUAAAACUAAAUGUUAAUAUUUACUGAG